AUGGGUCGUCCUGGGAUGCAGAUGGAGACAUGGGUGCUGUUUGUGGCCUUCGGGUGUAUGUGUGUGGGGCAGGCUCUCGCAGAUCCAUUGUACUUUGUCCCAGUCCCGGCUGUGUGGGAGUCUGGAGCUCAGGUCAGGUUUUGUGCGAGUCUUUUGAAAGUGGAUAAAAAUGACAAGCAUAAGAUGACCGUGACGCUGCUGUCCCCGGAGCUCAACACCACCCUCCUGCAGAAAGAGUCCAACCAGGAUUUUCAUACCUGUAGCACCUUCCUGGCCCCUCUGGUCAUAAAGGACACGGUGCAGCACUUCCAGGUGGAGGUGAUCGGGAAAAAGAUGUACUCCCGGGAAACUCGCAAAGUUCUGAUCCGUGCCAAUAAACCAGUGACAUUCAUCCAGACAGACAAGCCAAUCUUCCUCCCAGGACAAACUGUGUAUUUCAGGGUGGUGACAAUGGACACAAAGCUGAGGCCGGCCUGUCGAAAGUAUGAUAUCAUCGAACUUCAGGAUCCACAUGUGUCCUACAAUUUGAAGUACUAA